AAUCAGGGAUAUGCCCCUCUCUGCAAAGACUGUCAAAGACAGAACCAUAAAAAUGGCAGAAGACAUCACAAGACAGCAAAUUAAAGACAUCAAUUCAGCUGUGGCCUACUCGAUUGCCUGUGACAAGUCUAAAGACAAAGGCGAUAUUGAACAAAUAGCGUUGUUCUGCCGGUAUGUAAACUCUGCCGGGCCACAGGAAGAACUGAUUGAGUUGAUACCUCUAAAAGACCAAACACGGGGGGAGGACAUCUGUGAGGCUGUCUUGAAUUGUUUAAGAGCCAAAGGAAUAAAGGCCACCCAUCUGGUGUCAGUAGCUACUGAUGGGGCUCCGAAUAUGACGGGAACGCACAAGGGAUUUGUGGCUUUACUGCAGAAGUCGCUGGACAGAAAGCUGCUGACUUUUCACUGCAUCUUGCACCAAGAGGCACUGUGCGCUCAAACAUUUCCUCCGGAAUGCACAGAAGUAAUGGAUGUUGUCAUUCAGAUUGUCAAUAAAAUAAUGGCAAAAAGUUUAAAUCACCGUCAAUUCCGUUUGUUACUGGACGAGAUGGAAAGCGCAUAUUCUGAUCUCCUGCUGCACAACAAAGUCCGGUGGCUGUCCAAAGGGGAGGUGCUGAAACGCUUUGUCGCGUGUCUGGAAGAAGUGAAAACUUUCCUGGGCAGCAAAGGGCUCAACUUUCCUGAGCUGGAACAGCCAGAGUGGCUGGAAAAGCUACACUUCAUGGUAGACAUGACAGCGCACCUGAACACGCUGAACACAGCUCUUCAGGGGAAAGGACGCACAGCCCUGCACAUGUUGGAGGAUGUCUUGGCAUUCGAGCGCAAGUUGACAGUGCUUGCCAGAGAUUUACAGAAAGGCACAUUGUCUCACUUCCCCAAUUUGAGAGAGUUCAAACAAGGUCACGACAUGAUAAUUUCGGAGUAUUUACAUUCUGCAAUCAUCGCAAUGCAAACAUCGUUUGGGAAACGCUUCUGUGAGUUCAGAGAGGAAAAAAACACAUUAUCCUUCCCGGUCACUCCCUUAAGCAUCGAUCCUUCCCUACUGAAUACGACUGCAUUGGCAGGUGUGAGUCAACCUGAUCUUGAGAUGGAACUGGCCAACAUAGCCGACAAAGACAUAUGGGUGUCCAAGUUUAGACGCUUGACAGCAGACCUUGAAGAUGUUGCCCGUCAGAAGGCCGUUCUUGCUCAGAAUCACAAAUGGAGUGAUAUUGAAAACCUUCCAAAUCCGGACCAACUUGUGUUUGAAACAUGGAAUGCUGUGCCCGACAUUUAUGUAAACAUGAAAAAGUAUGCGCUUGGAGUCCUGUCGAUCUUUGGAUCCACAUAUGUAUGUGAGCAGGUGUUCUCCAACAUGAACUUUAUUAAAAACAAACAUCGCGCAUGCUUCACAGAUGACAGCUUGCGAUCCUGUGUAAAGAUGAAGGUGACGUCAUACAGCCCUGAUGUGCAGACGCUGUGCGCUGAGGUCCAGGAGCAGAAAUCCCAUUAACCAAGCUGACAGCUGGCUGAUGAUAUUUUUGGUUUGCUGCUGGCGGAAAAUUUAAGUUCGGCGUUUUUCAUAAAUACAAGAAGGACUCAAAUAGACAUUGAGUAUUUUACUUAAAAGUAACUUUCAACCCAACGUCUUUUUUUCGGAGUUCAAAAUGUUUUUGUUGCAUGCAGAAAUGUAAUUUCAUUUUCUCUGCAGGAGUUCAUCAAUUUCAUAAAUGCAACACAUUAUAGUUUGUUUAUACAUAGCAUAAAGGCAAAAAAAACGUUGUAUGCAGUGUUAUUUCAUUUUAAAUGUCAAACGGGUUUUGCGGCUCCCAGUGUUUUCUUUUCUGUGGGAAACGGGUCCAAGUGGCUCUUUCAGUGGUAAAGGUUGCUGACCCCUGGUCUAGGCCUUUCAAUAUUCGAAAGGUUUCAAUGAGAUUCCUCUUCAUUCUUGUAAACUCCAGUGAGCCCAGAGCCAUCACACUCCUCAUACAUUAAACCCUUCAUUCCUGGAAUAAUUUUCGCGAACCUCCUCUUGGUCCUCGCCAAUGCUAACACAUUUUUUUCUUAGAUAAGGGGCUCAAAUCUGCUCAAAAUACUCCAAGUGCAGUCUGAUCAAUGCCUUAGCAUUACAAAACGUUGUUAUUUUCUAGUCCUCUCAAGUGCUAACAUUGCAUUUGCCUUCCUUACAACUGACUCAACUUGCAAGUUAACCUUUAGAGAAUCCUACACAUGGACUUCCAUGACCCUUUGCAUCUCUGAUUUCUGAAUUUUCUUCCUGUUUUAUAAAAUUGUUUAUCACUGACUAUAAUCACUGCUAGCCAAGGCAUGAAAUUCCACAAGAGAAUUUGUCUCCAACACCUUGGAGAAGUUCCUGUCAGAGACAACUUAUGUACAGAUAUUCCUGCACAAAGCAUCACUUUCUAUACAUACUUAAAACCAGUCUAUAUAUAAUAUAUGUAUGUGUAUAUAUAUAUAGCCACACUCAAACAAUUACUUGUACCACACAAAAUGCUGAAGGAACUCAGCAGGUCAGGCGGCAUCAUUGGAAAGAAACCAAGAGUCAACAUUUUGGGUCGAGACCCUGUAUCAGAUUUCCAGCAUCUGCAGGAUUACUUCUGUUUAUGAGUUACUUUUUUUAUGUGUUUUAAAGGGAAUCCUGCUUUUGUAUUUAUAUGUAUUGUGUUUUAUUUGUGUUCUUUUUGCUUAUUGUGUAUUUUUACAUUGUACUGGAUCCAGAGGAACAAGAAUUUCAUUCUCCUUUACACGAGUGGAGUGAAGAAUGACAAUAAACAGUCUUGAAUCUUGAGAAAGCAGCCUGUAAGAAGUGUGCAGCUUCUGCACGAUCCAAUUACAACACAGCGUUUGCCAACACUCUCAUAGAGUACUCAAAUCUUGGACUGGAAUACUUCGCCACAUGAAACAAUUCAAGCAAUCCACUAUUUUCCACGGGCAAAGGAACGGCAAAGAAUUUAUCAUGCAACACUUCUAAAACACUUCUUGCACUAUGUUUAGAUUUAAAUCGAUGAUUUCAACAUGGAUACAGAAUUGGCACUGAAACUUCCCCAAGAUGUAAAGCAGUGAGUAACAGAAGGUAUGUAAAUCAGAGCUGAAAUUAAUUGAAUCCAGACCACCACCUUGUGGUUCUACUAAGAACUAUUAUAUGAAAAGUAACUCACCAUAUCCAGGAUUUCAGAAAACAUGAGAGUUAAUCAUUUAAUUUUCAAAUGUCCAAAUAAUUUGCAUGCAGCAAGAUCUUACAAAUUGCCUGUAGAUGUUAAUCAGUUCUUGAAUGUGACUGAAGGUUGAAGAACAUAGUUAUAAAGUUGAAAAGCUGGGAAAUAGGCCUUUCAGCCCAACAUACCCAUGCCACCCAUUGAACUCUUCUACAUUAAUCCCAUCUACUUGUUUUGGCCUCAUUGUGUUCCAUGCCUUGGUGAUUCAAAUACCUACAAGCUAUUAAAUGGUGUAAGACUAUCUGCCUCAUACAUCUCUUCAGGCAGUGUGUUCCAGAUUCCAACCAACCUCUACGUGAUAAAAAUGCCCUCUCAGAUCCUUUCUAGACCUCCUACAUCUCAGCUUAAUCAUACGUUGUUUUGUCUGAGACACACCACCACAGGUUGUGUUCAAUGUUUUCUUUAAAAUAUUUAUUUAUUUAUUAAAUUUUAGAAAAUUACAAGGAAUAAAUGUGAUGAUAAUAGUGAGAAAAAUAAUAUUAACCCUCCCCCACCUUAACCCUUAUCUAAAGAAAGAAAAAAGAGAAAGAUUGCCUGGAUAUCGGAGGAUCCCCACAUACUCCAUGGAGUUCAAAAUAAUUUUAAUAUUUAUUUUUACUUUCCCCAAUUACUUUAAUUUUAUCUUCAAAGGACCUAUGUAUUUAAUCCUAUCUUUUGUAGGUAUGGGAGCCAAAUUUUCAAAAAUAUAUCAUAUUCAUUUCUUAGAUUGUAUGUAAUUUUUUCAAGUGGAAUUCAACUAUGUAUUUCAUUAUUCCAACGAUCCAUAGUUAAACAUAAAUCAGAUUUCCAAGUAACUGCGAUAACUUUUUUGGCUACUGCCAAUGCAAUUUUUAUAAAUUUUUUCGGAUACUUAUUUAAUUUAAGUUUCUGUAUUGUCCCUCCAAUGUCUCCUGAUAAAAAUAAUACUGGACUAUGUGGGAGUUGUACUCCAGUAAUUUGUUCCAAUAAAAGUCUUAGAUUUAUCCAAAAUGGUUGAAUUUUAAAACAAGACCAAGUAGAAUGUAAAAAAGUACCAAUUUCUUGAUUACAUCGAAAACAUUGGUCAGACAUAUUUGAAUUUAAUCUAUUUAUUUUCUGUGGUGUUAUAUAUAAUUGAUGUAAAAAAUUAUAUUGUAUUAAUCUAAGUCGAACAUUUAUUGUAUUUCUCAUACUAUCAGAACAUAAUCUUGACCAGUUUUUUCCAUCAAUUUUAACAUUCAAAUCAAAUUCCCAUUUUUGUCUUGAUUUAUGAAUUCCUAAUUUAAUUGUCUGUUUUUGAAUCAAAUUAUACAUACAAAAUGUAAUUUUUUUAAUUUUUCCUUUUUGAAUUGAUAUUUCUAUUUCACUAGAUUUUGGCACCAACAUUGUUUGACCCAGCUUUUCUCAUAAAUAAGCCUUUAAUUGAAAAUAACAGAAAACAGUGUUAUUUGAUAAUUUAUAUUUAUUUUUUAAUUGAUCAAACAACAUCAAUAUACCUCCUUCAAAACAAUCACCUAUAUAUUUAAUCCCCUUUUGGAACCAAUUAUGUAAAAGUUUAUUAUCCAUUGUAAAAGGAAUAAGCCUAUUUUGAAUUAAAGUUCUUUUUGCUAAUAAAGAUUUCUUUAUCUCAUCGUCCAUAUUUACCUUAUUCCAUAAAUCAAUCAAGUGUCUUAAUAUAGGAGAUUCUUUUUUUUCCCUUAUCCAUUUAGAUUCCCAUUUAUAUAUAAAAUCUUCUGGUAUGUUUUCUCCUAUCUUAUCUAAUUCUAUUCUAAUCCAUGCCGGUUUUUCUUCAUCCAAAAAAGAUGCAAUAAAUCUAAGUUGAUUUGCUUUAUAAUAAUUCUUAAAAUUUGGAAGUUGUAACCCUCCUAAAUCAAAUUUACAUGUCAAUUUUUCCAAUGAUAUUCUUGACAUCUUUCCUUUCCAAAGAAAUUUCCUCACAUACUUAUUCAGUUCUUGAAAAAACUUCUGAGGUAAUUGUAUUGGUAAAGUUUGAAAUAAAUAUUGCAAUCUAGGAAAUAUAUUCAUUUUUACAGCAUUAACUCUACCUAUUAAUGUUAUUGGUAACAUCAUCCAUUUAUCAAGAUCCUCUUUUUUUUAACAAUGGCAAAUAAUUUUGUUUAUAUAAAUUUUUUACAUCAUUAUCAACUCUAAUACCUAAAUAUUUUAUCCUGUUUAUUGACCAUCGAAAUUGAGUUACGAAUCGACAUUGAUUAUAAUUUCCUUUGGUAAGGGGUAAAAUUUCACUUUUAUCCCAAUUUACUUUAUACCCUGAUACUUUCCCAUAUUCUUCCAAUUUAAAAGAUAAUCUUUCCAAAGAUUGCAAUGGGUUUGUUAAAUAAAUCAAAACAUCAUCAGCAAAUAAAUUAAUCUUAUAUUCUUCUUGAUUAACUCUAAAGCCCCCAAUGUCUGAAUCUGUUCUAAUUAAUUCAGCCAAUACAAAUAAAGCAGGUGAUAAUGGGCAGCCUUGUCUAGUUGACCUCGUUAAGCAAAAUGGUGUUGAAAUCUGACCAUUUGAAACUACUUUAGCUUGAGGAUUAGUAUUUUAAGGUUUUAAUCCAUUGUAUAAAAGAUUUUCCUAACUCAUAUUUUUCCAAUACCUUAAAUAAAAAAUCCCAUUCCAAUCUAUCAAAUGCUGUUUCUGCAUCCAAAGCAACUGUCACACUCAUUUCCUUUCUUUUUUGUGCCAAAUGAAGUAUAUUAAGUAACUGGGUUAUAUUAUCCAUUGAUUGUCCGUUUUUAAUAAAACCUGUUUGAUCCAUAUGUAUUAAUUUUGGUAAAUAUUUAGAUAUUCUAUUAGAUAAAAUUUUUGCUAUUAUUUUAUAAUCUGUAUUCAACAAAUAGCCCUAUAUGAUGUUGGUUUUAAAGGAUCUCUAUUUUUUUGGCAAUACAGUUAUGAUCGCUGUUAAAAAAUAUUGUGGGAGUUUAUGCAUUCUUUCCACUUGGUAUAUUAACUCCAUAAAAGGAGGAAUUAAUAAAUCUUUAAAUUUUUUAUAAAAUUCAGGAGGAAAACCAUCUUCUCCUGGGGAUUUAUUACUCUGAAGUGAUCCUAAAGCUUCUUCAACCUCUUUUAAUGUAAAGGGCCUAUCUAAUCCUUUCUGUUCUUCCAAAUUUAAUUUUGGAAGGGUUAUUUGUGAUAAAAAUUUAUCUAUCUCAGCAAUCUUAUUUUGUGAUUCUGAUUGAUAUAGUUCAGUAUAAAAUUUUUUUUAAAGUUUCAUUAAUUUCUAAAGGUUUAUAAGUAACCUUAUUUACACUUGUUCUAAUUGCAUUUAUUGUUUUAGAAGCCUGUUCUGUUUUCAACUGCCAAGCAAGAAUUUUAUGUGAUCUUUCACCUAAUUCAUAAUAUUUCUGUUUAGUUCUCAUAAUUACUUUUUCUGUAUGAUAUGACUGGAAUGUUAUUAUAUUGUAGUUUUUUAUUAAUAAGUUGUCUUCAUUUUUCUUCUGUCAUAUAUCUUUGAGAUUCU